UAUUUCCGUGGAGGAAAAGAGAUUUCAGACUGAGGGACAGAGGGGUCAACUGCCCUAUAGCCCUGCAGGUCUUCGAGUCUGUGGUUGCAAGCACCAACCCAGACAAGAAAAGCAAAGACCUGCAGGACCAGUGCAGGACAGGCAAAGGAGGGGACAUCUCAACAUGGAAAAACUCUACAGUGAAAAGGAAGAAAAGCUGGAAAGUGAGGAAAAGCCAGAAGAUGAAGUAGAUACAGAAGAUGAAGGAAAGUCAGAUGAGGAAGAAAAGCCAGAUGUGCAGGGGAAGCCAGCGCACAAGGAAAAGCGCCAGGACAAGGGACAGCCAGAUGAUGGAGGAAAACAAGAAAAGCAUAACAAGUCCGAAGGUGAGGGAGAAGCACACGGUGAGGCCAAGCCAGAACCCCAGGCCAAGCCAGAGAGCCAGCUGCGGGCUGCUGAAAAGCGCCCAGCUGAAGAUUAUGUGCCCCGGAAAGCAAAACGAAAAACGGACAGGGGGACUGACGAUUCCCCCAAAGACUAUCAAGAGGACUUACAGGAAAGGCAUUUGGGCAGUGAGGAGAUGAGAGAAUGUGGAGAUGUGUCAAGGGCUCAGGAAGAUCUAAGGAAAAAACAGAAAACGGGUGGUUUUCAUUGGAUGCAAAGAGAUGUACAGGAUCCAUUUGUCCCAAGGGGCCAACGGGGUGUCAGGGGAGUAAGGGGUGGAGGUAGGGGCCAGAAAGACUUAGAAGAUGGUCCAUAUGUUUAAUGCCUUUGGCUUUUAAAUCUGAUUUCUUUGAUGGAAAUAUUGCCAACCCUGCUUUCCCUGGCAGGCAUUUGCCAGGUGAUGUGCUUUAACUUUAUGCUGAUACUUUGCUGUAGGUGUCACCCUUGUUACCAAGCAGCCUUUUGAUCCAACUACACAGUGCUCUCUGUUUCAGUAGGGGAUUUUCACCCACGUGCAUGGGAGAGAUGGUCAUGGUACAUUGUACAAAUAAUAAUAAACAGUUUU